AAAACAGUCGGCACCAGCGAAACGAGCGCAAUGCGGGCGGCAGACGACGUUGUUGCUGGUGACCUGGUGUUUGGCUGUGAUGCAGGGCGACGGCGAGGUACUCACAAGAUAGGCGCGUUGUGUUGCGACGAAGACGCGGGUGCUGUGGUU